UCGGAAGUGUCAUUUUUGUCGCCGCUGUGAUUGGGCGGCCUGCGGCAGUUUCCGAUUGGUCGUUCAGUGGAUGUUUGGGAGCGUGCCCUUGACUGUGAGUGAAACAUGGCGCAGCCUCAGCCCCCGGUGAUAGAAGGGUUCGUGCCCACUCCCUAUAUUGGGAAAGAAGAGUUCUCUACCAAGUUCGCCAGAAAAGUUCGGGAGAACCCUUUCGUGCCAUUAGGAUGCCUCGCCACUGCAGGUGUUUUGACAUAUGGGCUCAUCGCUUUCAAGCAGGGUAAAACCAGACAAUCCCAGUUGCUGAUGCGGGCACGUAUUCUUGCUCAAGGAUUCACAGUUGCAGCCAUUAUGGGUGGUGUUGUCAUCGCAGCCUUUAAGCCACGUCAACAAUAAAGCAGAGAUGAGGAGAGAUUGGGGAGACCUUGCGGCGAUCCAAAGGACUUCACUCUACAUCACUGGUUCAUGAGAAAUAAAUGUCUUUUGUAUAGAAAUUGUCAUUGUAGUGGCUACAUGUAUAUAGACAGCUGUAAACAACAUUUCUAAUGGAGACUAUUGUAUGGAUUAUAAUCUCUUAAGGAGUUGUGUUACAUAUAAACCAUGGUUUAGAAAUGUGAGGUCUCCCUAAUACAGUUUAUGACCUUCAAGGGUAUGUACUCACAAAAUCUUUGUUCAGUGAUUUUAUAAUGGUUUAUUUUCUUUACUGCACUACACCAAAGAUGGAUGUUCUUUCCAGAAUGUCACGUGGGCGGCUUACACUGAAAUUUCCUCACUUCUUCAGAGCCACAGUUAAGAUGUCAGUGCUUUUAAGUGGAAUAGUUAAAGGGGUACUCUGCUGCUCAGCAUUUGGAAUGAACUGUUCCAAACGCUGAAGCCGGCGCCGGGAGCUCGUGAUGUCAUAUCCCUGCCCCCUCAUGAUGUCACGCCCCCUCCCAUAGACUUGCAUUGAGGGUGUGGUGCGUGACGUCAUGAGGGGGCGGGACUAUGACGUCACGAGCUCCUUGCAUCGGCUCCAGCGUUCGGAACACCCCUUUUAAGUAUAUGUCGGGGAAAUAAGUCAAAACCUAAGACCAACAGAUCACAUCUCUUAACAAACUCACCAGAGGAUUGCACGUUGCAGUGUACAGUAAAGGCUGCAUAACACAACUCCAACCCUUAUAUAACAUCUGUUUCUAGUCUGUGUACCCGUAACUGUGUUUACAAAUGCAGUCUUACUAGCCCCACCUCUAAAUAUGUACGGUUGUAUUAUCAAAAAUCCAAUGCACAAGGAUUGAGAUAAAUGAUACACUGUCAGCACUGUAUUAGGAUAUAAAACUGUCAAAUUACCAAAAACCCAUUUGUUUUGUGGACAUGUAAUCCUCUACGCUGCCAUGUCUUCUCAAUACUUCCUGUUCCUUAGCAGUUGCUUAGUACUACAAUUCCCAGAAUAAAUUGCUUCUCUUCAGCUCUU